AUGUCUGAUCAACGGCCAUUGCCAUUUGUCUAUCAAUUUCUUGCCGGUGCCAUUGCUGGUGUCUCUGAGAUUCUGGUCAUGUACCCACUGGAUGUGGUCAAGACCAGAAUCCAGCUUCAGGUCGGCACUGGCGGUAAAGGAGAAUAUACUGGUAUUAUCGACUGUCUGACGAAAAUCGUCAAGAACGAAGGACCUUCGAGACUUUAUCGUGGUAUCACUGCCCCAAUUUUGAUGGAAGCCCCAAAGCGGGCCACCAAGUUUGCCGCCAACGACGAAUGGGGUAAGGUUUACAAGCGUGCUUUUGGUGUGAGCCAGAUGACCCAACCUUUGGCCAUCUUGACCGGUGCCACUGCUGGUGCGACUGAGUCGUUUGUUGUGGUUCCAUUCGAGCUGGUGAAAAUCAGAUUGCAGGACAAGACUUCGAAGUACAACGGUAUGGGUGAUGUGGUGAGACAAAUCAUUAAGAAAGAAGGUGUUUUGGCUCUCUACAACGGAUUAGAAGCUACCAUGUGGAGACACAUUGUCUGGAAUGCUGGUUAUUUCGGUGUCAUUUUCCAAGUCAGGUCUCUUCUACCAGAGGCCAAGAAUCCUACCCAGCAGACAACAAACGACCUGAUUUCCGGAGCCAUUGGUGGAACUGUGGGUACGCUGUUGAACACUCCGUUUGAUGUUGUCAAGUCGAGAAUCCAGAACACCCCAAUUGUUGAAGGCGUGGUCAGAAAGUACAAUUGGACUCUUCCAUCGCUGGCUUUGGUCAUGAAAGAAGAGGGUUUCAGUGCUUUGUACAAGGGAUUUUUGCCAAAAGUUCUCAGAUUGGGUCCUGGGGGAGGAAUUUUGCUGGUCGUUUUCACUCAAACCAUGGACUUCUUCAGAGGCUUCUAUUAUAAAGACUGA